AUGUACCUCACAAGCACCACCGCCGUUCUUGCUACACCCAUUGCAAACGGCACCUUCGUUGAGAAACGCUCGGCCACCAACGUAUGGCCCACAGCGCCGACCACCAGUAGUCUCAGCAGCGCAAAAAGAAUUGCUGCUGGUACUACUUUCACUCCCAGCGCUGCAUAUACCAGGUUUGACCGAGGAUCUGGCGCUUGCAAAGGCCAAAAUGAAGGCGGCGACUCAGAUGCCGUUUUCCUGCUCGAAGAAGGUGCUACUUUAAGCCGUGUCAUUAUUGGCGCCAACCAGGCUGAGGGCGUACACUGUCUUGGCUCCUGCACUUUGGAUCACGUGUAUUUUGAGGAUGUGUGCGAAGAUGCGAUCACAAUCAAACAAACCAGCUCUUCCGCUGUUUCUCGUAUCAACUACGGAGGCGCCAAGAACGCAGAUGACAAGAUCGUUCAGCACAAUGGUGCAGGAACGGUUAUCAUCAACUCGUUCUACGCGGAAAAAUUCGGCAAACUCUAUCGCAGCUGCGGCAACUGCAAGACUCAGUACACGCGCCACGUUGAGAUCAACGACGUUUGGGCCGUCUCCGUCAGUGCUAAUGGAAGCACCCUCGCUGGAAUUAACACGAACUAUGGGGACACGGCCAAGAUCAGGACGACCAAAAUUAGCGGACUGUCCGUGAACAACGCGUGCACCAAGUAUACGGGCAACAAUAGCGGGGCAGAACCAACCAAGACGGGAUCUGGGCCAGACAGCCAGUAUUGCUUGUACAGCUCAUCCGAUAUUACCACGGCAUAA